GGGUACGAUACGGCGUCAGCUGUCAUUGGCCCUAUAAACCCCAAACAACAAUAACAACAACAAAAUAUAAAGCGAACUUCACUUAUCCUGAAAAAAAAGAGCAAAUUAUCACUGUCAUGAAUCAUCAGAGGUGAAACCAGUAUCGUCUCAGUUAUCCGAAUGCAUCCUAAACCGCUCCUGCACUUGUGUAUAGACUUUCUGGUUAAUUCAACCAAGAGUUAUCAACGUCACUGCCAUGAUUAUGAAGGCAUUUGGAGUAAUGUGAGUGAGGUGUGGACAGACCUAUGGUACCUGUCGCCAUGCAUCCCUGAUCGUGCUACACAACUGUUGCAUAAUUAUCUUGUGUACGACCGCCACAAGAGUGAAGUUCGUGAUGUAACACGACAGCUUUUGACUCUGUUAGCUAUCAAAACUCGCAGAAUCAGCUUUGUGCCAAUAGAAGGACAGCUAGCAAGCAUCAUCUCUUCAGCCUUUUUCUCUGUGUUGACCUCAUUGAAGUAUGAAUGUGCUGUUAGCAUUGCUGCCAUUUGCUCUGAGCUCACUGUUCUCAAGCUGGGUGGCAACACAACAGCAGAUGUGUUGUGUGCAGCGAGGAACUGUCCUAUUACAGUUCUUCACAUAAGUGAACGACUUGUUUGGCAGCCUCGAGUUACAGAAGAUGACUUAAUAGAUAUCAUCAUAGGUUCUCGGAAUUACAACUUGGCAGAACUACUGAGCAAUGUCCAACAGGGAAAAUUCAAUUCAUGA